AAUAUUUCGACUCUGGGAUUUUAAUUGACAUGUAUAACCAAACAGGUAUUUUAGGUUCUAUUAAAGAAAAAACUGUUACUGAACCAGCAAUACCACCCUCCUCUUCUAAUAUCAAUCAAACCCCAGAAAAAAAUAACAUCGGUUUUCCUAAACCUAUUCAUAGAAGUUUAUUCAAGCAAAGAUUGCAUAAUAAGAAUAAGAAUACUGUAAAGGAAACUCUAAAUUCUACUACUACUAAUGUAGACUUCACGUCAAAUAAAAAAAAUAAUGAUACAAAAUUAUUUGAAAAAGAUUAUUUUGAAAUUGACAAUGAAAACAAUAAAACAAUUGCUAAUAUGUCUGAAGAUGAGAUUUUAGAAACAAUUGAAAUGUUAAAAAAAACAUUGAGACCAGGAUUUAUUGAAAAGAUUACAAAUAAAAAGCCUUUAGUGGAACGAAUACCAUUAGAAGAAAAUUAUCAACAUCAAAAUCAACAUAAUGACAAUAAUAAUAAGGAUGAAAAUUAUGAGAAAUCAUAUCAAUUGGAUCUUGCUGUGACUGAAGAUCUUAAAAAAAGAGAAAAACAUGUCCAUUUUGCAGAAUCAAUUGAGAAUAUCAAAGAAAGUAAAUCUAGUGUCUUGAUUAAGCAGGAAGACAUUGGUGAUGAUGAUUCAACACCAAUUAAAAUGAAAGAAAAAUUUUUCUCAGAUGUAUCAUUUGAAUCUGAAAAAUUAGAAUGGAUGGGUGUCAAGUUUAAUAAUAUAAAUAAGAGUGAUGACGUUAAACAAUCAUCAUCAUCAUCUACCAAUUUAAAAACUAACAAUCCAAGAGGAGGAGGGACUGCACCAUACAUUCCUACAAAAAAUGAUCCACAUGCUGCAUUCUUCAGAUUUGAUUUUUCUGGAAAUAUAAUAGAAAAAAAUAUUGAAGUUCCAACUUACAUGGGACUUCAUCACCAUGGAGAUGAGCCUGAUAGAGCUGGAUACACUAUAUCUGAAUUACUUCAUUUGACAAGAAGUGUUGUACCAAGUCAAAAGAUUAUUCCUUUGAAUAUCAUUGGUAGGAUAAUGAGAAAUGUAAGAAAGGGCCUUUAUGGUUUUGAAAAUAGCAAAGGAAUAGCUGACUGGGUGAUCAAAAUGAAAAUGCCUGUUUAUUUGAGGGUUGCAUUAGAUGACAAAGCAGAGGCUGUUAUAGUAGCUGCCAUUGACGCAAUAUCUGCUUGGGUUAUUGGGUCUAUAAAAGAUCAUUAUGAAGAGGAGGAAAAUUUAUGGUAUUGUUUUGGUAAUUUGUAUCGGGGAUAUGAAUCAUGCUCAUUUUUGGAGAAUAAGAUAACUCAAACAUCUAAAGAGUUUGGAUAUGAGAUAACUUUACAACAAGAUGAUGAUGAUGAAUUAAAUAAUAAUGGUUCUGAUGGUAACAAUAUGUUUGAUAAUCAUGUUAACCUUGCAAAAAAAGAUCUUGUUUCAGGAUUAAUAUCUAUGAACAUUUUACAACGAUUAAAAUAUCUUUUAGAUGUUUUCAAUUUACCACAAAUCACAAAUGAUCAAAUUUUACUUAUGCUUGUUUGUUUUGCUCGACAUUCUAGAAUAACAGCAAAUGCUAUUUAUAAAAGUCCUGAAUUAGUGGAUGUCAUUCACAGGAAAUUCAUAUGCUUAUCUUGGCCUGUUGUUGUGAAUGAUGAUGACUUACCUUCAUCAGAUCAUAAAAAUCUUCCAAAUUUAUCAGCAUUCAAGCUUUUACGUGCCUUAUGUGUAUCUUCAAUUGAAAUAAGUCGUAAUAUUAAAGAAAAAUAUGUUGGAACAUUGUUAAGAUAUAUGCUUAUUGACCCAUCAACUUUGUCAAAUCAAUUUGAGAUAAUAAUUGGAUACGAUAUUUUCUAUGAAGUUCUUUGUAUUUAUCAUACUUUGGUUGCAUAUGGACUUUAUCACGAAAUUUUUUCACAAUUGUAUACAGUAUUUAGUGGUCAUUUAAUGAAAGAAUUUAAUAUUGCAACUGCAUUCUUUAGGUUAUUAGAAGUAUGGAUGAGGAACCAUGGACAACACCACUAUCAUGAACAUCAAACUGGGGCUCAACCAAGUGAGUUUGUAAAGGAUGCAACUGAUUUUGUAGAAAGUUUAAUUACAAGUUUUCCAUUGAUAUCAUCAUCAUCAUCAACCGAUGGCAAUCAUUGUGAAAUAUUCUCUGAGCACAAAUUAGAUUCAGCACAUAUGGAAAAAACAUUGAUUUUAUUAUCAAGUAUUGUUAGUUAUAUUGCAUCUUGGUGUAAAUAUCUUUGUGGAUAUAAAUUGAAAGAUACUAGUGAAAUCAAAAGAAUUUGGGAAAAAUUAAGGCUAUUUUGUUUUACUUCCACCAAUAUUAACAAAUACUUGAAUCAAAAAUUAAAAUUUUCCAUAAAAGAAUUUCAAAAUAUAACAACAUCUGAUAAAGAUGAUAAACAUGAUAAAUGGCAAAUAUCUAAUUUACCAGGAAUUUAUUAUCCAACAACUUUUGACUAUUCCACAAAAUUAUUAAAAAUAUCAAUAUUUCUAGAUUUAUAUUUAUCUUUUGUGUCUUUAAUAAAUUAUUCUACUAGAUUAUUUAAAGAAGACAAAGGGGAUUUCACAAAUGUUGCAUUACAUAGAAUGAAUACAUAUUUACAAUAUGAAUGGUCAUGUAGUAUUGAUUUUCUUUUGGAUUGUCCUCAAAACACAGUAGCAAGUAAUCUUAAAUAUCAACAUUCAAUCAAAUCAUUACAGGUGAAAUUAAUUCUUAUUGCUGAUAUUUUACCUGGUGAUGAAGUGUUGGCAUUGGAUACUCAUAGAAAAAUAAUGGAAGUAAUUAUUAAGAAUUCAAGUGAUUCAGGUGAAACUGGAAAGAUUGUAAAAUUUCUUGACUCAUUUUAUAGGGAUAGAAUUAUUUCCAAGCUUUUAAAGAAAAACAAAGAAUUUCAAAAAGAUGGUGAUGAACAAGAAGAGAGUUUAUUAAUUGAUGUUAUUAACGAAAAGGGUAGUUUGCCAUUGUUACAAUCAUAUUUGUUUUCACCAAUUGAUAUACUUUAUUUCAAAAGUUCAGAUUUGGUACUAGAUCAAGAAGUCAAAAAUGAGAUUGUGAAAGGUUGCUUGAAACUCAUAUGUCAAAUAAGGGAUAUCUUUAGCGGCAACAGUUUACCAAUAAAGAAUUAUAUAAUUGAGCCACAUUUUUUAGCAUUAUCAUUGAUGAAAAUAUUUUUAUUAGAGGAUGAAAUAUACAGAGAUCCAAGUGUUGAGGUUUUAAUAGAAGAAUUGCUUGAGAAAUUUACCCUGAAAAAAAGAAUUGAAAAUAUUAGUAAUGAUGAUAUUGGUAGCAGUGGCAGUAGCAGUAAUGAUAGUAAUUUAUUAACUACAUUUUAUCAAACACUAGAACAAAUAGAAAUCAAAUCAUUAUUAAAAUCAACAUUUUAUCAAUUCUAUCAAGAUUUUAUAGAUAAUUAUGUAUCAGAAUCAUUUGGAAACAAAUAUUAUACACAACUUUUACUUUUACCAAUUUCAUCUAAAUAUUCCACCAAUUUCAAAUUAUUAUUUUGGAAUAAAAAUGAACUAUUGGAAAUAUUUAGUCAACCACUAAAGAUCAAAUAUGAUGAAUUAGUGUGUAUUGGUGAUGGUGAUUUUAUUAAAUGUUUUUUAUCAUUUUUUUAUCCCAUUGAAGAAAAUUUAGUUAUUAUGACUGCAUUUGUAAAGGCUUUGAUUUAUAUUGGAGCCAAAAAAAAAGAUUAUUGUAACUCAUCAAUUUUGUAUUGGAUGAUUAUUCAUCAUUUGAAUGGGUCAAUAUUUGAACAAAAUGUUAUCAUCAAUAAUAAUGAUGAAGAUCAAGGUGGAGUAAAUAUAGAAAUAAUAAAAGAUUGGAUCAAUUAUAGUUCAAAAGAUUUUUUUUCAAUUAAGGAUUCAAUUGGAAAAAAACCAAAUUAUUAUAAAAUAUCACCUUUAAAUUUUUUUAAUCAAACAACUAAUGAGGAAGCAAAUAAAAGAAUAGAAUUGUUAAAAUUGGUUGGAGUUAUCAAUGAAGAAUUUUAUAAACAGUUAUUAUAUUAA